UUCCCUCCUGCAGCGCUUCCCUUUCUACCCUAAGACCCUCCCACCAGACGAAUAUGUAGGAGCUUUAUACAGUAAACCAGUGUUUCCCAAACAAUGAUUUAUUUAAUCCGGUUUCAUUCUAGAGUUUGGCACAGCCCCUCCAUGCCCCGCCCUGUUUAUCAGACCACAAAUAAGAAAAGAAGUAGCUAGUUAGCCACCCCACAGUCCCUCCGCCUAACUCCCCUCAGCUGAGGACUUAGGACUCGCUGCUCACGAGUGGGAUUGUGACCAGCAAAAGUGCCAGGGAUAACCUGUUUGCUGAUCUAGUAGGGAGUCGGGGCUGUCUGGUCCCCAGGAGGUGGAGUUUGCACUGGCUGGAUUCUGCAACCACUGACUGGAGGUCCGUCUAAAGAACUGCUACCACUCUAAUACAAUCGUUUCAGAUUUCCUUCAUUUUCAGGCUGGUUCUGUGGAUUUGGAGCUAAAUGUUGUGCCUGGGGCACGUCGCGUAUUAAUGAUACUCGUUACCUGGAGAGGUUGGAGAAAGAUAUAUGUUUCUUCCCUGUUCCAAAACCAGAAUCAGACCCUGAAAAGUGUAGGGUUAGCUAGCUAGCUACUGAAGAUAUAGCCUACUGAAUGUAUACACAUGCUGCUUUUGCUUUUUAAUGAUUAUAACAGUGAAACAAAGACCGACCCUGCUGUACAGGAACCAGUGAAGGGAAGCAGGGACACUUUGCUGAUGUUCAACCAGCUGUGUGUCAUCACAUUGUGCACAGAUGAACGCUGUUUGACUUCCCUCGGAGAUCCCUGCACAGAGGUCCGGCUGCUGGCAGCAGCACGGGGGCGAAGCCAAACACCGUUCAUCUGCACACACUGUGAUGCCACACAGCUGGUUCAAUAUCAGCAAAGUUUCCCUCUAUAUUCAUUGUCUUGUGUGGUGAUCAGCAGUGAUGUGGUGGUUCACUUCUACACUGUGAUCUGUAGCCUAUAGUUCGGCUUUAGCUUUUAACCAUCUUUGUCUUUGUAACCUGUUGUUGCUGCUGAGUCAGUUUGGCAUCCUGGAUAUAUCCUUCAAACACAGACUGUAGACCCCUCUUUCUGCUUCUCUCUGGAAUCACUGUUUCAUUUUUCCAAAAAUAUGAUAAUAUUUCUUCAGGGAGUGCAGUUAGUUACAGUGUGGGCUCCAUGUUUACUGCAAAAGGUCAAUUCAUAAUAAACGUUAGUUACAUAAACCUGAACUUGACGUUGCAGCUGUGAGCCUUUAGCACCAGUUAGCAGCAGCAUAAAUGAUUGCCAGCACUUUCUCUCCAUCUCAAAUGCUUCACUGAUACAGACACGUCUUUUGUCUGGGUCUGCCCCGGGGCCUCCUACCAGUGGUACGUGUCCUGAACACCUGUAACGCGAGGCGCCCAGGAGGCAUCCUGAUCAGAUGUCCGAACCACCUCAACUGACCCCUUUUGACGCGAAGGAGCAGCGGCUCUACUCUGAGCUCCCUCCAGAUGUCCGAGCAAUUGGUUUAUUUUUUACCUCCGCCAAGGAGGUAGUGUUUGUCUGUCUGUUUGUUUGUUUGUUUGUCUGCAAAAUAACUCAAAGGUCUGAAUGGAUUUUGAUGAAAUUUUCAGGAAAGGUUGAUAAUGGGACAAGGAACAGAUGAUACAAUUUUGAUGGUGAUCGGUUGAAGCCAAGUGGAUAAAAUAAUAAAAUGGCGGGAAAUCUGAGCUGCUUGGCAGAGGUCUGCGCUCUCCGAGUGCUUUUCUAGUUUUCAUAAUAAUAUUCCUUGUACGGGUUUAGAAGUAAAAUAGGGUAACCAAAACAUUUCUGGUUGUCCUAUUAAUUAUGCACACAUAUCCUUUACUGGCUGUGCAGGGUGGUUCAUAUGAAGUCUGCACUUGGGAAGAUGUGUGAUCCUGUGUUGCUGCGUUGCUGAAUGUCUCCACAACAAAAUGUAAGUCUGCAGAGCUUUGGUUCAUUCUUGUUCUCAUCAGCGCUCCCAGAUGCAGCAGUGUCCCCUCCUUCAGAGUGUGAGGUGGACGGGCUCCCCAGUGGUUACGGAUCCAGGGACUCCAUCCUCAGGCCCGGUGCAAAGAGGGACUGGAAGAGACGAAAGCGUGGGCAUCUUAGGCGGAUUGACAGCUGCAGCAGCUGGGAUCCAGGCACCGCCACCACCAGCCCCGAGGCUGGAAGAGAGAAACAGCAGCCUUCGUUUGGACUGGGAGGAGGUGUAGCCAUGCGCUGCUCCACCCUGCUCGGCAUCCUCACGGGGGUGCUUCUCUACUUGGUACUGGGAGCUGUCGUGUUCCGUGCCUUGGAGACUCCGCGAGAGGAGGGCAAGCACAUGCAGCUUCAGGACACGCGCCGGUUCUUCCUGAUGAACUUCACCUGCAUGGGCCCAGAGGACCUACAGACCCUUAUAGAGGAAGUGGUGGAUGCCGUCGGUGCAGGUGUGGAUCCCAGCAGCAACGACACCUUUGUCAGCCAGUGGGAUCUGGCCAGUGCCUUUUUCUUCUCAGGGACAGUCAUCACAACCAUCGGUUUUGGAAACAUCUCCCCCAAGACAGAAGGAGGGCAGCUCUUCUGCAUUUUCUACGCCCUGGUUGGAAUCCCGAUGUUUGGUAUCCUGCUUGCUGGAGUCGGAGACCAUCUUGGUACUGGGCUGAGGAAAACUGUUGCCAAAAUAGAGACUCUCUUCCUGAAAUGGCGAAUUAGCCCAACCAUUGUGCGAGUGAUCUCAGCCGUCCUGUCCAUCCUGCUGGGUUGCGUGCUCUUUGUUGCAGUGCCUAUCUUCGUUUUCCAAGAGGUGGAGAAGUGGACUCUUCUGGAGUCGGCCUACUUUGUAGUGAUCACCCUGACAACAGUGGGGUUUGGAGACUAUGUUGCAGGGGAUUCUGGAAAUGGGGGGAGUGACCACUGGUAUAAGCCUUUGGUGUGGUUCUGGAUCUUGCUGGGUCUUGCCUACUUUGCAUCUAUCCUGACGAUGAUUGGUAACUGGCUCCGGGUUCUAUCUAAGAAGACCAGAGCUGAGAUGGAGGAACUUCGAGCCCACGCCACUGACUGGACUCAAAACAUCCAGAACAUGUCGGUAGAUUUUCGCAUUCCAGGAAAAAUUGAUGACCCCUUUAAACGGCGUCGGAGAAAGCACCGCCACGGCUCUCGCAGCCAUGGUCACAGUGUGUCAGCUAACGGGGCCCCUGAGGGGAAAGAAGAGCAGGGUGAGGGUCAGACAGAGUCUGGAUCUUCCUCCUCCUCCUCCUCCUCCACCUCUAAUGAAUCAGGGUCUGGAUCAGAAACAGACUCUCAGGUCACUCAAACAGAGCGAGUGCCUGAAGAGAAAACCAUAGAACCUGAAAAGGAGGAGACUCUUCCAGACCCCCACCUGUCUCAGCCUCUGGACUACUUUGGGGAGAACCUUGCCUUUAUUGAUGAGUCCUCAGAUGCCCAAAGUGGUAAACUACAUUUGGAUCCUCUGCUGGAUCCAUCGCAACCCAACAGUGAACGCCCUCGACUGCCCAAGAGGAGACGCCAAAGAAGACCUGUUCCUCAGAGAAGCCCCAAAGUCAAUGGCUCCAACCGCGUCAGGACAGCGCCCAACGGAAGCCCCAAACCAGUUCCAAGUCUGCCAGUGAAGCCUUAAGAUUGAAGCUGAUUACAGGAACUCCGCUGCUCGCACAAGUAUCGACUUGAGAGAUCUGAGAAGUGUUCAUAAUCUGACAGAGGAGUUCUCAGCGUAGCAAUUUAUUUGUGUAUAUGUCCUGCUUACUCGCAGACACUUAAGAUGAAAACAUGUUGCAGAAGCCUUCGCCACUUGUGGUUUGCAGUUAAUGCUCUUAGCAUGCGAGUGUGUAUGCCUCAAUCAGAGAUGAUGAAGUGAUUUUUAUGCCAAUGCUCCCAUUACUUUCUGAGGAGUUGCUGCUCUCUGCUGGGCCAAGACAGAAAUGCACUACCACUCUCUCAACAUGAGGGUUCCCGCCUUUUACUAAUCCAAAAAAAACAAACAAGAAAGAGUCAGGAGGUUGCUGCUGCAGCGUGGGGCUCAUGUUGAAGAAGGGUUGCUUUGGUCUGAGACAGUUGCUCUUGAAUCCUGCCAACAAUUAAACGGGUACUAAACAGGCUCUUGUACAUUUUUGGUAUGUAACAAAACUUUUUUUAAACACUGUGUACAACCAUUAUAUUUGCAUUUUGAUGGCCAGAUGCAUUAAUCCUACUG